UAUCAUUCGUAACGAGGUUUAAUUUAGCGAUAAAAGCAUCACACGUGAUCGUGUGUGUUCACAAUCGAUCGAUUACAUGUCUGGGUUUUCGAAAAUGCUAUGCCGCUAACCCUUAGAGUAGUUUUUCGGCACUAUCUGUUUGAUGGGAAUUUGGCAAUCCCUCUACGAUAGUCCGAACUCUUCAAAAAAGUCAUAUUUUUUAGAAAAAAUAUUUGUUCGAUAUAUUAUUAGUUUUUUUUUUAAAUAUCAAUAUUAAUAAUUUGCUAACUUGAUUAAAAUGAGUACUCGUCGAGAAAGAAGAUCCCGUCGUUCGGGAAAGGAUGAAACUCCUGUGAAAAUUGAGUUAACCCCAGAAUCUUUAGCUCCAGUUCAGGAUUUUUUAGCGGUUCCAAAAAGAGGUGACUCUCCCCGUGAUUUCCGAAGCUUACAUAGAGAAAAAUCGCCUUUUGAAAUCGGUGAAAAGCCAGAUGUCCAGGUUGCAUCUCAAAAAGCAAUCAUUGAUAAAGCAUUGGUUAUGGACAUUUCGGGUGGUGUGACAAAUGUGGAUGAAUAUAUUUCGUUGUUUUUCACGGACUCCUGCAGUCUUGACCCAGCAAGUUGUGGUGAUAUUUCAACAGUAAAAAUUGAAAUCGUGGAAGAGCAACCUGUUGAACCUGAAGCACCGAAACCAGCCGUGGAACACGAAAAGACGAUAAGUGAGGCAGAAGCAGAAUUAGCAGCUAAACAGGAGGAAGAAAGAGGUAAGUCACAAGAAGCCGCUCCUGCGCCCGUCGAAGUUGUUCCCGAGCCUGUUCCAGAACCUGUGGAAGAAGAAGUGGAAGAGGAGGAGGAAGAAGAGGAAGAAGUUCCUCCACCUCGUGAGCCGACCCCUCCACCGCCACCACCACCUCGCGAGCCGACACCACCACCUCCCCCACCACCCAAAUCACCCACACCCGAACCUGAAUAUGAUUCAGAUGUUGAACUGAUCCCGCCGAAGGAAGAGUUCGAUCCUUCAGUGUGGAAAAGUGUUGACGAUUUAGAAACUCAAUUGAAAAACAGUGAAGAAGAGACAAAGAAAGCCAAGGCCAAGGAGGCAUCAAAGGAAUCAUCCAGACGAGAAUCCACUCAAGAUAUGACAGAGAGGGAACGAGAUUUGGAAUGGCAACGUCAACGUCAGUUGAUGCGACCACCACUUAUAAUUUCUCAUUUGAAAUCCCGAGCAGCUCCUAAAGGCUCAACUGUGAGGCUAACAUGCACAAUUUCCGGCCCUGGAAUUGUAGUUAGGUGGUUUAAGGAUGGCAACCCUAUUGAGAAAAGUGCGAAGCACUCCUUCAAAGUUAGUGAAGGUUUACUGAGCUUAGAAGUUGUAAAUGUGGAUUACAUUGACCAGGGUGAAUACAGCUGUGUUAUCAAGAAUAAGAAUGGAGAAACAUCAACGUCAACUACUGUUAAAGUGUAUGAGAGUUUUGAAACCAAGCCCAUUCCUCCUACUUUCAUAUCAAUCAAAGAUGAAUUGCAAACCUCUACGGAACCAGAAAAACCUAUUCAGGAUUCAGGACCACAACCCGAAGAUAAGCCCCCCACCUUACCGGCAGAACAAAGCGCUCCGAAAGAUCAACCAGAGCCACCCACUACUGACACUAAAAAAGAUGUACCGGAAGUAGUACCUCCAGCAUCAGAAGCGACUAGCACAAUUGCAAGUGAUGGCCAAGAGCCUCCUAGUUCUGAUGAAGCUCCGCAGCCAGGAUUUCCCAAAUUUUCUGAAAAAUUCAAAAAAGACAGACCAGAGCAAUCACCACCACCUCCUCAAUAUGGCGACGAUUUGGUCAAAUAUCACCAUAAGAAAAUUCUACACAACCGAGAUAAACUGCAAUGGUCCGUGCAUUUAACGAACCGCGCUGGUCUAACCGGACGUAGGUUCAAACUUAUGUGCAUGUGUAUCGGAUUCCAGCCUGAGUUGAAAUGGUUCAAGAACAAUGAACCUAUCGAGUACGAUGAUCACAUUGUAGAUAUGAAUGAUUUACACAGAGGUGCAUACGGAUGCAUAUGGAUAAACGAUUUGUGCUCCAGUGAUGCUGGAACGUAUAAAUGUGUUGCUUCCAAUGGCUUCGAAGAAAUUGAAACUGUUUGUAAGCUGACUGUGGUAGACCCUGGAACUAAAUCCAAAGAGUGCGCUCCGUCGUUUGUACCGCAUCGUACAAGAGAAAUUUUUGACCAGUAUACCAACAUCUUGACCAUCGAACAUCUUAUCGAAGCCAAUCCUCCUCCUACCAUAACGUGGAUAAAAGGGCUAUUCAAUUUGGCACUAUUUCCAGAUCCCCAUAUCCGAAUGUCACAACAUUUUGACGAAGUUGCUGAACAUACCAUAGCAUCUCUUAUAUUUUAUGAUCCUACUUUUAGGGACUCUGGAGAAUACGUCUGCACUGCCAGUAAUAAACUGGGCGAUGUAACUAAUACAUACAACCUGAAAUUCUCCAGUGAAGAAGAAUACUUUGAGUUCCUGGCGAAGAAAAGACCUUCAGCAAAACUAAAGCGUGAACUUGAACUUGGUAUAAUUGUACCUGAAGAUGCUGACACCUUUGAUCCUGAUGAAAUUUUAGCAAGAGUUGAUGCACAAUUUGAAGCUGCAAUGCUGGAGCAAUCUAAAGCAGCAGAGGGGACUGAAGAUUCACCUCAAGAGACUACAGAAACUACUGAGGAUCAAGAGGAAAAGUCAAGCAAGUCUUCAUUAGACAAAGUCAAUAUAAAGAAACCUGAGAGCGUAAAACGCAACAUUUCAAAAGUAUCGUCACUACCUGAAGUAAGUGAAGUUCCGGAGCUUGAAGAACAAACUGUCCCUGCAGUGCAAACGAAAACUUCUCCACCAAAAAACGAAAGUGAAAUAAAACUGGAGCCUAUAGUAGUGACAUCGCCAGCCGCCCACGAGGAAGAAGUUUUAUAUACAAGAAAGAAAACUCAAAUCGAGCUCGGCGUAGAAGAACUUGAACGGAGAAAAAAAUUUGAUUUCGUAUCCCAUAUGCCAAACGUUCGAUUUCCAUUGGGCAAAACAUUCAGACUAUUUUCCUACGUGAAAUGCCCAGGAGAAAUGACCUCCGAGUGGAAACAUGAUGGUCGCAUCUUGAAAGAGGGUCUGCGGUCAUCAUUCAUAACAACUCGGAAUGGCACGUGCGUUCUUGAAAUCGAGAAAUGCAAAUACCGGGAUGGUGGGGUUUACACUUGCGUUGCUAAAAGCAAGAAAUAUGGUGAAAUUGAACAGUCGUGCACCGUCACUAUUUACGAAACGGAAAUCAAAGGGGAAAAACCAGUAUUUACAAAGGUUAUGAAAGAAACAUACAAUCCCCUUAAAGAUGAAUUGUACUUGGAAUGUACCGUACGAGGCGAUCCAACGCCAGAAACUAUAUGGAUUAUCCAGGGCACAUUCAUGCAUAAAAGUACCACGAAAUACUAUUUCCGCAAAUUUGAUGAUGGGAGGCAGCAACUUACAAUUUUCCAACCAAAGAAAGAGGAUAGUGGUAGAUAUGUUUGCCGUGCUCGAAACAGUCUGGAUAAGACAGAUAUGGUAUACUACUUGAAUUACAAAAAUAGCGAUGAAGAUGUAAUCAAGGUGUUCGAAGAUGAAUUACACAAAAAGACAGAUAAACCUAUUAGUAGCAGACAUUUGCGUGCCAAGGAAUGUGUUUACUCGCCAGAAGAUGAAAAUUUAAUUAAAUGGUCUGAAGCUAGAAGCCAGCAUGAGAAAGAGUAUGGCUACAACUACAAACUGCACUUUGUCACUCGUCUUCUGGAUAAAACGGUUCCGGAGGGAUCUAACCUCAAGUUUACCUGUUAUGUGGAUGGAAAAUAUCCUCAAUUUAUGUGGUACAAGGAUGAUAUGCCAAUAGUGCAAGGCCGCAAAUAUCGACAAAAACAAAGACGCGACGGUAAAGUGACUUUAGAAGUCAUUAACGUCAACGAAAAAGAUGCAGGAGUUUACAAAAUUGAGGCUAGAAAUUAUGCCGGAACUAUUGAGUCCAAAUCAGUGGUCACCGUAUAUCAGAAUCCAUACAUCCAGUUUGUUCCUCCUAUAUUUGCAAGUACAAUUUUAGAAACCUACUCGCUACAUUCAGAUGAAAUUAUUUUGGAAUGCCGCGUGAGAGGUUCUCCGCGACCAAAUAUCGCGUGGAUCAAAGAUGGAGAGUACAUUAUUCCCGGUGAUAAGUAUGAGCAAUACGAUCAUGCUGAUGGUACCUGCAAACUGAUAAUAACGAAGCCGGGUGAAGAAGACUCCGGUACAUACACUUGUGAAGCGGAAAGCGGCGGAUGCAGUGAUGCUAUCAGCCACAAUGUUCAAUUCGUAGGAAAGGAGAAGAUCAUGAUGGAGCGAACUCACAGCUACUAUCACCGAAAUCCAAAUCUACCGCAUUUCUAUCAGUCCUUAGCAGAUUACUCCAUUCCAUCCGGUGGUAAUAUUUGUUUGGUUGUGGAAGUUCAAGGUAAUUGUGAGGUACAGUGGUUCAAGGACAAGUACGAAGUCAAAGGAAGGCCUCCAAAGUUUAGGUUCUAUAGCGACGGUACUGGCGUUUUUGCGUUAUGUAUAACCGCCGCAACAAUGGAUGCAUCCGGGAAAUACACCUGUCGAGCAACGAAUGCAUUCGGAAAAGCAGAAUCAUCGUCUAAUGUUGAUGUUAUAAAUCCGAAUGCAAUCAAGGGAGCUAAGCCUCCUAUUUUCAUGGCCAGGCCACAACCAGAAAUAAAAAUUCGACAAGGUCAGGAAAUAUCGAUGGCGUUCAAAAUAAUCGGCGACCCGAAACCAAAGGUUCAAUGGAUGAAAGGAACGAAGGAUAUUACAAACGCCGCUCGAACGGUUAAGGAAGUUCAUAACGAAUUCAUUAGAUUCUCGAUCAAAGAAGCACUAGUUACUGACGAGGGAGCAUAUUUCAUCGUUGCCAGAAAUCGUUAUGGAAUUGAUAGAUGUUUCACCAAAGUCACGGUGAAACAUCCGAAAGGAUACAAAAAGGACACGGACAUAGAAGAAACUGUUCCAGUGGUUAAAAAGCUCGGCAAAGGCAGAGUUUAGCGUAAUCCGCUGGUACAAACAUGAAAAAGUGUGUGGAUGAUGUAAUUGAAGACGUCAUUUUUUUUUUGUAAUUUGAAGCACAUGGUGGAAAUAGAAACAGGCGUAACACUAAGUGGAUAACUUAUUCGAAAUAAUGUAUUGAAGUCAUUCUAACAGAGAAAAUCCCAACCUUAAAAUAAUGAUUGCUGAUUUUAUUGUAAUUAUAGCAUAAUUUAUGUUUCACUAGUUAGCAUGUACCGAACGAAGUAGUUCCGAGUGACAACACAUUGUCCAUUAAGUUAAAAUACCAAGAACAAAACAAAUUACAUGUCACCUAUUGGUGACAGUACUUUUCUCGUUGUUAUCACACAUUACAUUUUUAGUCCCCAUAAUCUAGGUAAAUGUUGUUUAUGAUAAUAAAAAAGUUGAUUUUAUAUUA